GCGCAACGUUCUGAAGAUGGAGAAACCGACUCUGGGAGCCAUCUUGAGCCAUCGCUUCCCCACUGGCUAUGAGGCUUGCUUCGAGUCCUCCUCAGCAGUGAGCCCUUGUCCUCAGAAGCCACUGCCAAGGAUUCCCUUUUGGCUACCUCCCUGGGGGCCACGGAGUCUCUUUCUGGGGGGAGAGGCAGGAGACUCACCCCCCGACUUCCUAAAGCAAGCUGUCCAGCACGGCCACCCCACGGGAGACUGCGGGGAACAGGCGGUGGCUGCAUCGGGCUCCUCAGACUGGCAAGCUCCGAAAGGCUUUCCUCUCUGCUCAUGGGAUCUGCGAUGGAGUCUCUGUUGACUGAAAUGUACAGCCUCCGCAGUCAAAACGUUCCUCCGGCCCAGCUGAUCUCCGAGAGGAGAGAAAUGAGGCCAGGGCUGCGCUGGGAAAGGAAAAGCAGCUGUGAAGCCCUGAUCCAAGAUGGCACCUUCCAGAAGAAGAAGACGCAGCGGACUCAGCACCUGCUGGCGGCUGGAGCCUGCGAGGACCCAUUGGCACAAGGGGCAGAGGAGUGUGCAGACCAGAGUAGCCUGGAGGCGAAAAUGGUCCUGCAGCAGGAAGGGGAAGGGAAGGAGCGCCACCUGCAGGCUGACGACCUGCUGGGACGGAAGGAGCAGCUGGAUGCAGGCAGCUGGAACCUGGAAUUUGAGUCCGAGUCAGACCACGAAGAGAUUUACUGGGGCUGCUUCUACUUUUUUCCUUGGCUCAGGAUGUGCCGGCGAGACAAAAGGGAACAGCCCUAACACGCUUGCCCCAGCCAGGGGGGCCUGCUGCUGUGAUUCAUUCCCUGCUGCCAGCCCCCCGGGCUCUGUCCCCCCUCCCUCCACUUUAGGUCGACCAUCAAGGAUGCACCACAAGAAGCCGCCUCUAUUUGCCCAGACAUGGACAGCGCUGGCCGCCCAGAGAUAUUUGAGCCAUUGUUUCCUAGGAAAGCUGAGAUUCGUAACACCCGUAGAAUUAAACCUCCUGACUGACA